AUGGAGGAGGGCGGUAGCGGCGGCAGCGGUGGCAGCGACAGCAGCACCAGCGGGAGUGGUGGGGCGCAGCAAAGGGAACUAGAGCGCAUGGCUGAGGUCCUGGUCACCGGGGAGCAGCUACGGCUGAUGAGCCCUGAAAACACGCUGCUGCAGCCCAGGGAAGAGGAAGGGGUCAAGUAUGAGCGCACCUUCAUGGCGUCGGAGUUCCUGGACUGGCUGGUCCAGGAAGGCGAGGCCACCACAAGGAAGGAGGCCGAGCAGCUCUGCCACCGGCUCAUGGAGCACGGCAUCAUACAACAUGUGUCCAACAAGCACCCAUUCGUGGACAGCAACCUUCUCUACCAGUUCAGAAUGAACUUCCGGCGGAGGCGCAGACUGAUGGAGCUGCUCAAUGAAAAAUCGCCCUCGUCUCAGGAAACUCAUGACAGCCCCUUCUGCCUGAGGAAGCAGAGCCAUGACAAUCGGAAAUCUACCAGUUUUAUGUCCGUCAGCCCCAGCAAGGAGAUCAAGAUCGUGUCUGCCGUGCGGAGGAGUAGCAUGAGCAGCUGUGGGAGCAGCGGCUACUUCAGCAGCAGCCCCACCCUGAGCAGCAGCCCCCCGGUGCUCUGCAACCCCAAGUCCGUGUUGAAGAGACCCGUAACUUCGGAGGAACUCCUGACUCCCGGGGCUCCGUAUGCAAGGAAGACAUUCACGAUUGUCGGUGAUGCCGUGGGUUGGGGCUUUGUGGUACGAGGAAGUAAGCCAUGCCACAUCCAGGCCGUGGACCCCAGUGGCCCAGCAGCAGCAGCGGGAAUGAAGGUCUGUCAGUUUGUCGUCUCCGUAAAUGGGCUCAAUGUGCUGCAUGUUGACUACCGGACGGUGAGCAAUCUGAUUCUGACGGGCCCUCGGACGAUCGUCAUGGAAGUCAUGGAGGAGUUAGAGUGCUGAACAGGUGGACAUCCCGGCCCUUCAGUGGCCUGAGGAUGAUCGAAGCCAGGACAACACAAAGCAAUGCAAUGACAAGACUUCCAUGCACACAGAUGGUUUUGGAUGCACAAAAUUUCUCCAUACAUACACAUCUUGAUUUGCGUUUCAUACACUGUUUGAAUGUGGAAGAACCAGGUAGAUCAUCUUUUAAAAAAAAAUUAUGUCCGUGUAUAAAAACGUUCAGAAAUGAAAUUUCCUUACGUAGUAGAAUUGCCUUACUCAGGUUCCAUUUGUAGUUCUCAGCCAUUGUUUUUUAUCUUGGUUUGCCUAAAGUUGUUGAAAUGCUUCUCUGGCCAAAACAGCAACAUGCUAAAAUCCCCUCCUAGGAUUCAAUGGAGUAGUUGUUACAGAUUUUAAAUUGUUCUUUUACCAAAAUGAACCUGGAACUCUUUAUGGAAAGAUCUGGAUUUCACCAAGCUUCAAAAUAAAGCAACAUCCAAAGGAAUAUUACCCGUUAACUAGCAUUUUGAAGAGGUUCUAAAGCAUUCAAGUGCUUAAAAGCCAUUGAAAAAAAUGACUUUUUCUUAAUUCCUCCUUUAGUAUCAAUUUCUAACCUAUGUUUUCAUUUAUGGCGUUCAUUAGAAAACAAAAACCUUGUGAUGAAUAUAGAUGGGAUGCAUAGGGGGAUACUACUUCUGAUUAUUUGCUCUGAUUUCUCUUUCUGAGCCUAAAUAAUUUUGUCUUAUCAAUCAGCUACAGAAGCUUUCUAGAAUUAAUCCAGAAUAUGUUGAAUGUCAAAACAGAGGAAUUUGUAUAUACACAUAUCAAGCCUCUGGCAAGAUUUCACAUUGAAGUUGUCCCUUUUUAAAUGAAGUAUUCUAGAGCUUGGCCCAUAUGUGAUAAAAACUUGAAAUUAAAUUGCCUUGUUGGCCUGAAUUUUUACUAGCUUUCUAGUGUAACAUAUUCUAAGGAAUGACAUGCCCUGCUUCUUUGGCGGGAUUAUUUUUCACCAAAACAUCAUCUUGUGUUGUCAUUUUUCAGCUCACUGUAUAUAUGCAUGUUUCUUUUUUUGGUUUAGAAAAGAAUGCAUUUGGGGGCUUGGUGUAUCGAGGAAAUUCCUCAAAGUGCCAAAUUAGAUAGUCAGGGAAUGCCAAAUUCUUGAUUUCAUAUAAUGCAUUCUGAACAACCAGGUUACUUUCUUAUCACGUAUUAACAAUGAAAUAUGAAUGUUGUACCUCAGCCAUUCUUUUUGUGAUAGGUUAUCUUAAUGUGUUGGUACUAGUAAAAUGGACAUAUCGUGCUACAGAUGUUACAUAUAUAUGUUUCUGGUAAUCCAGCUUUUCUGAUCUUAGCUUUAGUCAGAGAAUAGGAUUUUGAAGUAAUAUAGAAUGUCUAACGUUAGUACCGUCGAUCUCCAUUUGGGAACUAGUAGCGAUUCUGUGUGUAUGUGCGAUUAUACUGUAUGCCAGGCUUUGUGCUACGGCACUUAAUGUAUGUGAUCUCUUUGAAUCUCCAUCAGAAUCCUCCAAGGGACACCUGAGUGGCUCAGUGGGUGAAGCAU